CUCCGCUCCGACGCGGUGUCACUGUGUUAUGGUCCCCCCCCGUGUGCAGACGUUCACGUGAACCGCAAUUUCCUUCACAGUUGUCCAACAUGCAUUCAACACACGAACUAGAGCUCUUUCCCGAGUACAAGGUGACUCAAAUGCUUUUCAAGGACGUCCAAAAUGCUGCCGAGCUGAGACAGUGUGCGGUGGAGGGUAAAAUAAAGGGUGCCUUGAUUAACCCGACGAUGCUGGUGAAUCCUUUCCAGGUGCUGGUAGCUGCCAACAAGGCUGUUUCCUUACAGAAAAUGGGCAAAAUGAAGACCAGGAGUUUGUUCUCAGAAAUAAUCUUCAACCUGUCGCCUACUAAUAAUAUCUCUGAGGCGUUCAAAAGGUUCGGGAGCUCUGAUGGAGAUGACUCCGUCCUCGUGGUCCUGGUUCACGACAAAGAUGAGCCACAGCUGCUGUCAGACAUCACAGCCAGGGUGAGCGGACGGCAGGUACCAGCAGAAGAUGUUUCCACGCUGACAGAUCAUGCAAAAAUCAAAAAGCUUUAUAAAAUCCCCCCUCAGGAGGAGAAGUGUGGGACUCUGCUGGACGCGGUUGUAUGCAGGAUGGCCACGAAGGACGUCAUGUAGCUUCAACUGGAAAAAGGACUUUAAAAAGAUGGUUGCCUUUUUUUUAUGAGAUUUGAAUUCAUAUUGAUAUUGUCUUUCCUUUUGUCCCUGAAGAUGCAAACCUUGUUUCAACACAAACUCAAAGAAAUCUUCAUUUUUCAAAUAUUUUUUCAUCA